AUGUCAGUCAUCAGCGUGCCAGCUCUCACUCUUCCCAGUCUACUGAAUCUGUGCCCACCCCCCUCCAACGCCGCCCCCGCAGACCUGGCCCCGCGCCCCCGCGCCCUGCAGGCCCUCGCCGCCGCCGACCGCGCGUCCCGCCUGCUGGCCGCCGCCGCGACCGCCACCCAGGCCGCGCUGCAGCCGACCGCCGACGCGCUGGGCGCCGCGCUGGGCCUGGGAAAAGAGGCCGGCCCAGCAGGCGUGGCCGCGGCGGCCGCGGUGGAGGUGUUUUCAGAGGAGGAGGAGGACGUGCCGCCGGGGUGCGGCGGGGUGGUGGUGCUGGGCCACUGCCCGGACGUGCUCUGCCACGCCGCGGUGCGCGCGAGGGGCGCGGGCGUGCCGCUAGUCGCGUGCCUGGAUGCGCGCGAGGCGGCGCGCACGGCGGAGCUGGAGGGGCGCGGCGUGGCGCUGCGGGUCGACGCAGAGGGCGGCGUCGCGCUGCGGGAGGCGACGGCGGACGAGCUCGCGGCGGCGCUCGUGAACGGCGACAGCAACGGCGAAGAGCCGCAGGUGGCGGCCGGCGCGGCGGCGGCGACGCCGGCGCCCGCGUGGUGCGGCCGCUGGGCGGUGGCGAUGGACGAUUUCGAGCCGGGGCUGGUGGGUGCGAAGAGCGCCAACACGCGGCGCCUGGCGCGCGGCCUGCCCGGCUGGCUGCGCGCGCCGGCGUCGGCGGCGAUGCCUUUCGGGGCGUUUGAGGAGGGCGUGCUGCGCGACCCCGCGAACGAGGCGGCGGCGGGGGAGAUCCGGCGGCUGGAGGGGCGGCUGGCGGCGGAGGGGGCGCAUGGGGCAGCUGGCGAGCAGCUGCUGGCCGAGAUCAGGUCACAGGUGAUGCGGCUCAAAGCCCCCGAGGGCCUGCGGUCACUGCUGGAGCAGGGGCUGCAGUGGUGGCAGCAGCAGCAGCAGCAGCAGCAGCAGCAGCAGCAGCAGCAGCAGCAGCAGCAGCAGGCGGGCAAAGGGGACGCCCUGGCCGGCCUGUGGCGCGCCACACUGGAGGUGUACGCCAGCCAGUGGGGCGCGGGCGCGGCGGCCGCGCUGCGCCACGCGGGGCUGCCGCGCUCGGCGCUGCGCAUGGCGGUGCUGCUGCAGCCGGUGGCGCCCAUCCGCUACGCCUUUGUGGCGCACACCCGCAGCCCCACCACAGGCAGCAGUGAUGAGGUCUACGUGGAGGUGGUGUCGGGCCUGGGGGAGGCCCUCGUGUCGGGCGACUUCCCCGGCCGCGCCCUGGGCGGCGCCGUCGCGCGGUCAGCGGUCGACGCAGCGCUCGACCAGGCCGCGGCCGGCGGGGCCGGCAAGGGCGGCGGCGUGGCGGGGCUGCUGUUUGGUGUUGUGCACAAGGCGCUGAGUAGCCUUGACGCGGCCGGCAGCGGCGGCGCUGGCUCCGGGGCGCCGCCGCUGGAGGCGCUGCGGCGGUCUGUGCGGCUGGCGAGCUACCCUUCGAAGAGCCACGUGCUGCCGGCGCCGCAGCCGGCUGAUGGGGUGGUCAUGGCGCGGUCGGACAGCAACGCAGGCGAGGGCCUGCGGCGCCAGCCGCCUCGAAGCGUCGCCGCGUGCAUGCCCUGCAGGCCGUCCCCCGCCUUGGACCUGCCCGGCUGCAGCGGCGCCGGCCUCUUCUCUUCCCACCCCUCCGCCCCCCUGCCGCGCGCCCCGGCGGACUACGCGCGCGACCCCCUCUGCCGCGACGAGGCCUCCGCGCUGCGCGCGCUGUGGGGCGCGGCGGUGGCCGCGGUGGCGGCGGAGCGCGCGCUCGGCGCCGCGGAGGGCGGCGCGGCGGUGGCGCAGGACGUGGAGGGUGGCAUCGACUGUGACGGCAACCUGUGGGUGCUGCAGAGCCGGCCGCAGGCUUGA